CUCACCGUGCGGACGUCUCAGCUAGCGGCCGGCCGGCAAGCUCGCUCGCGCUGCUUGCUCUGCAACUCAGCAUGGCUGCUGCCACCUCCGUCCACGACUUCGUCGUCAAGGAUGCGAGCGGCAAAGACGUGCCCCUGAGCACCUACAAGGGGAAGGUCCUGCUCAUCGUCAACGUCGCGUCUCGGUGUGGCUUGACCAAUUCCAACUACACGGAGCUUGGCCAGCUAUAUGAGAUGUACAAGGACCAGGGUUUUGAGAUCCUUGCUUUCCCAUGCAACCAGUUCGGUGGGCAAGAACCAGGCACAAACGAGGAGAUCGUCCAGUUUGUUUGCACUCGCUUCAAGGCCAAGUAUCCAAUUUUUGACAAGGUUGAUGUAAACGGUGAGGAUGCUGCGCCGAUCUACAAGUUCCUCAAGUCCAGCAAAACCGGCCCUUUUGGCGACAACAUCAAAUGGAACUUUGCCAAGUUCUUGGUUGACAAACAGGGGCGUGUUGCGGAGCGCUACGCCCCGACGACUUACCCACUGAGCAUCCAGAAGGACAUAAAGAAGCUGCUUGGGAGUUUUUGAACCAUGCGUAUUGCUGGAGGCUGGAGCUAAGAUGCACUGCUGCAUAGCGUCAGGCACUUCAGAUUUUAGAACCCCUUAAAUGUCGUAAUAAGGCUGUGGUUCGAACUUUGGUGUUGCAUUUGCUCUUUUUCUUUCAUAUGGUCCUCAAAUCUUGUACUACUUGUAGUAAAUAGCAUCCAACGUGUCCAGUGUUGUUCAUAA